AUGGAGCGAACUUGUUUGAAUAUGCAUAUACGAAUUUCCCUACUAUCCAGUACUCUAGUGAGUAGUACCUCGAUAGGCAGCUACUUCCCGAUAUCUGAUUCCAAAAUCUAUGAUCCAAUCGAAAACGACACUACUGCCUAUCAUAUACCGGGUAGUAAUGAGUACGACAACGACACGUCGUACAGCUAUUACAGUUGCAUAGCAUCGGAAGGGAACGUAUCCUAUUUGAAUGUGUCCUGCGAGACAAUCCUUAAUUACAGCAUCCCGCUGUAUGGUUAUUGCACGCCGGUCCUGUUACUUGUUACGCUUGCAGCCAAUUCAUUGAUAGUCAUAGUCCUCAGGAAACGAAGCAUGGCUUCCCCGACAAAUUUUGUACUUAUGGCGAUGGCUCUUUGCGAUAUGUUUACACUUCUCUUCCCAGCGCCCGGUCUAAUGUACAUGUACACUUUUGGAAACCACUAUAAACCACUUUCACCAAUAAUAGCGUGCUACGUGUGGAAUGCCCUAAAUGAAAUCCUGCCAGCCAUGUGCCAUACUGCAUCAGUAUGGCUUACGCUAGCCCUGGCUGUACAAAGAUAUAUCUACGUUUGCCAUGCUCCAGCGGCACGAACAUGGUGUACCAUUCCUAGAGUUAAAAAAUGUAUUACUUAUAUAUGCAUUGCUGCGUUACUACACCAAAGCACUAGAUUUUUUGAUAAAUCAUACACACUUAUUACGAUAGAAUGGAACGGACACCUGACGAACGUGUGCCACAUCGAAACAGCUCAUUGGGUGCAUGAGUACGCAAGCGAGGACUUUUACUACACGUUCUACUUUUCCUUCCGCAUACUGUUCGUCCAUCUAACACCGUGUGCCAGCCUGGUAGCAUUGAACGUUUUACUUUUCAAAGCAAUGAGGCAAGCUCAGAAAAAACGUGAACGACUGUUUAAGGAUAACAAAAAGCGCGAAUGUAAACGGCUACGUGACUCGAACUGCACCACGUUAAUGCUUAUCGUAGUUGUCACUGUGUUUUUGGUAGUGGAAAUUCCUCUUGCAGUUAUCACCGCGCUACAUAUCAUUUCGUCACUUAUAUACGAGUUCCUAGACUACUACAUAGCGAACCUGUUCAUUUUGUUCGCAAAUUUUCUGCUCAUUGUAAGCUAUCCCAUUAAUUUUGCUAUCUAUUGUGGCAUGUCGCGCCAGUUUCGAGAAACGUUCAAGGAAAUCUUCAUCAAAUCAGGGAAGCAAAUAAAAAUCAACAAGGAUUGCGGUUCGUCAAAGUACUCGAUAGUUAACGGUCCUAGAACCUUCACGAACGAGACGGUUCUAUAACCGACAAACCCUCAACUUCACUUGCCUUACGAGCCAAACUACACGCCAACGUAGUACCGAACUGUGAAGAACGUUGGAUUAUUUGUGUAUGCUAUUAACGUAAUUUAUUGUUCGAACAAUAUUUGAUGUAUUUUUUAUUGUUUUCCAUAGAACAAUAACAUAUUUUUUCGGGUAAAUAACUAGAUCGGUUGAUGAAGAAAAUCUGAGCCCAUUUUUCCGAUUCAAACCAUCGAAUUUCUUUACCACAUAUAUUAACAUAUAUAAAGCAUGUUUUCAUAAUUCAAUAUGGCAAAUAAA